CCGUCACCGCCGCCUCGCCCCGGAGCCCGGGCCGCAGCCGAAGCCUCAGCCACCUCCUGCACGUCUUGCGCGCUCCGCAGCUGCCCUGAGCUCCUUGCCUGAGCCCCGCAAACUUUGGGGUCUGGUGUGCGCCCCACGGCCCUGGCCCCUGUGCCCGCGGCGGCUCCGGACUCCCUCAGGACAAAGUCUCCCGGCGCGCGUGGGGAGGAGGCGAAGGAGAGCAGCCGCAGCAGCAGCCGGAGCUGGAGCAGCAGCAGAGGCAGCAGCAGCAACGCGCCCUCCGAGGGGCCAGGGCUGGCCCUGCGCUUGCUUCUCCCCCUCCCCCGGCCCAGCCAACCGGCCCGCCGAAGUAAAGGGAACCGGCCAGGAGCGCCACAGAGAGUGGAGCCGCUGGGUCGCAAUUGACCGAAGCCCCUUCUUUGCCUGCACCCCGCAGGCUUCUUCCCGCCGCUCCCUUCUGGACUCUCUUUCUGGGGCUCCUUUCUGCCUCCUCCUCCUCCUCCUCCCUGCCGGCUCCCCGCGUGGCGCGCGGUGUUUUUGUCUUCGUGGAAAAUGACGGCGCCUUGGGUCACUUUCGCCCUGCUUUGGGGGUCGCUUUGCGCAGGUCCAGGACGUGGGGAGGUUGAGACCAGGGAAUGCAUCUACUACAAUGCCAACUGGGAACUGGAAAAGACAAACCAGAGUGGUUUGGAACGUUGUGAGGGGGAGAAGGACAAGCGCCUUCAUUGCUACGCCUCUUGGAGGAAUAGCUCCGGCACCAUUGAGCUCGUGAAGAAGGGCUGUUGGCUGGAUGACUUCAAUUGUUAUGACAGGCAGGAAUGUGUGGCCACUGAAGAGAACCCCCAGGUCUUCUUCUGUUGCUGUGAAGGAAACUUCUGCAAUGAAAAGUUCACACAUUUACCUGAGGUCACUGGCCCCGAAGUUACCUAUGAGCCACCCUCGACUGUCCCCCUACUCACAGUACUUGCAUAUGCCUUGCUGCCUAUUGGGGGCCUCUCUUUGGCCAUUGUCAUUGCAUUCUGGAUGUACCGACAUCGAAAGCCUCCCUACGGUCAUGUGGACGUCAAUGAGGACCCGGGUCCUCCACCCCCUUCACCACUUGUGGGCCUGAAGCCUUUGCAACUCCUGGAGAUCAAGGCCCGGGGACGUUUUGGUUGUGUCUGGAAGGCUCAGCUUAUGAAUGACUAUGUGGCAGUGAAGAUUUUUCCAUUACAGGACAAACAGUCCUGGCAGAGUGAACGGGACAUCUUCAGCACACCAGGCAUGAAACACGAAAACCUGCUCCAGUUUAUCGCAGCGGAAAAGAGAGGUUCCAACCUGGAGGUGGAGCUGUGGCUCAUCACAGCCUUCCAUGACAAGGGUUCUCUCACUGAUUACCUAAAAGGGAACAUUGUGACCUGGAACGAGCUGUGUCAUGUAGCUGAGACCAUGUCCCGAGGCUUGUCCUACCUGCAUGAGGAUGUGCCCUGGUGCCGAGGAGAGGGGCACAAGCCAGCCAUUGCCCACAGGGAUUUCAAGAGCAAGAAUGUCUUACUGAAGAGUGACCUCACAGCGGUCCUGGCUGACUUUGGACUGGCUGUGCGGUUUGAACCAGGAAAGCCUCCUGGGGACACCCAUGGGCAGGUAGGAACCAGGCGGUACAUGGCUCCAGAGGUGCUGGAAGGAGCAAUCAACUUCCAGAGAGAUGCUUUCCUGAGGAUUGAUAUGUACGCAAUGGGGCUGGUACUGUGGGAGCUGGUGUCUAGAUGCACAGCUGUGGAUGGGCCUGUGGAUGAGUAUAUGUUACCUUUUGAGGAAGAGAUUGGUCAACAUCCAUCCCUAGAAGACCUGCAAGAGGUAGUGGUGCAUAAAAAGAUGCGUCCUGCCUUCAAAGAUCACUGGUUGAAGCAUCCUGGGUUAGCACAGCUUUGUGUGACGAUCGAGGAAUGUUGGGACCAUGAUGCUGAGGCCAGACUUUCUGCAGGCUGUGUGGAGGAACGGGUGUCCUUGAUCCGCAAAUCUGUCAAUGGCACUACCUCGGACUGCCUCGUCUCCCUCGUGACAUCUGUCACCAAUGUGGACUUGCCCCCCAAAGAGUCGAGUAUCUAAGUCCUGGGUCCUGUUUGUCUUUCCAGACUCAGUGAAUUUGAAGAAGAAAAAAGCUAAAAACAAAAACAAACAAAAAAAGAACCAUAAAAACCAACGAACACAUGAAUGCAGCUGCUAUUUUAUCUUGACCUUUUUAUUAUUAUUAUUAUAAUUAUUAUUAUUAUUAUUGUUAUUUUUUGAUUGGAUCAAUUUUUACCAGCAUAUUGUUCUACUGUAUUGAAAACAAUGGACAUCUCAGCAAGCAUUCAGGUCCCGACUUGUGAAUGCAGAAACGGUGUCCGUGCCGCAGAACCUCAACAACCUCGUUUUCCGUUUGUGAUUCAGUUUUUUAGGUUUUUCUUUGUUGGUCUGUUUUCUCCGCAGAACAUCUGUGACACAAAGAAACCCAUCUCCCAUCUUAGGAAACAUAAUGCUGCAAACUUUGGAGGAAACUUUAAAAGACUGUUACAAAAGACACCUUUCUCAAAAAAAGGUGUUUCUUUCCCCAGUCCACCCUUCCACAAUCUCCCAGGCCCUUAAAAAAUUUUUUUUUUUCCCUUUUUAGACAGUGAGCUUCAAAAACAGCAGAUGUGUCUUUUACGGAUCUAACGGGUGUCAUUAUAAUGGAGGAAGAACCAGGAAGAGGAUAUUAACUCCUGAGAUAUGGGGGUUGAAAAGGGGAGGUUGGUGCUGGGGGUGGGGUAGGGAAGGGCGUGACGGACUUUUGCAGCAUUUGGAGAAACAUCAUUUGUUAUGGAGCUACUUCUCAGGUAAUCAGUGAAUGAGGGGAAGGACAUUUUGGACACAGAGCAUUAAUAGCAAACACAGAGUUUGGAGAAAGCACUUCAGAAAGCCUCAACUGUUUUUUGAAUACACAGGCAACGUUACUUCUUAUUUCUUCCAUUAUCUUAAGACUUCAGUAUAAGAUGGAUGGGAAGUAAAAGGAAAAUGAAUUUCUUUCCUCCACUCCAAUCAACUUUCAGAUAAAAUUCACUCUCAUUUAAGAAAUGUAAUUCUUUACCUUCCCUAAAAUAAUCACGAGUAGUUAACAACUAAAUAUAAUUUUUUUUUUUUUUUAGAAAAACACUGUUUUUAGUUCAUUGUUUUUUCUUAAGAUGGAUAAAUUGAAGGAACUUUGCCCAUUCCUUGGAAAAGUUAAAGGAAUGACCCCACAGGCACAGCCUGAACAAUUACUUAAGACCAUUAAAAUAAAUACAGUAAAAUUACUAGCUCUUUAAGGAGAGAUUUUUAUCUGGAGGGAGGAAGAAUGACCAGGGCCUUUGGCUG